GCAGGAUUAUCAAGUAGACUACAGUUCAUCAAUAUUAUUGCAAAUCUGUUUUGGUUUAUCAACGGCUUUGGGGUGCGCUACCUGGGGAAUUAUUACUAUUAGGCCAUCCACUUACUGCUUUAUAUCCAGGCAAUAUCUUUGCCAAGGGGCUCUCAUCGGAGUUGCAAUAGCUCAAAUAGUGCUUAGCUCCGUUCAAAGCUAUUACGGAUUUGUGAUUGCAUCCGGAUUAUAUGGGGCUUCGCUUGGUGCUACGCUAUAUUCGUUUAAGAUGUUGGCUCUUGAGAGAUUCAGAUUACGACAAUUUGCAAAAUCUUGGGCACUAGUAGAAGCUGCAGAAGCUCUGUCAAUUCUUUUUGGAGUUCCUCUUACUGGUUACAUAAACUCGAAAAAUCCAAAAAUUGGCUACUAUGCUUGCAGUUUGAGUUCAUUAUGUGGUGCUGCCCUACUUUUUCUUGUGGGCUCGAAUAGACGUAAAGCCUGUUCUCCAGUAAUUUUUACCGCUACAAGAAGUAGAUCUUUAGGAUCGUUAUCUUGCGCUUGUCCAACAAUUAAUAUGAAACCUGUAGCAUAUAAUAUUUCUCGUCUGGUGAAAUCUCAGUCAUUGCAUAUACCACUCAUUAGAGAUGAAAAUCAAUAUUCAUUAUUAUUGAUGUCAAUAAAUCAGAAAUCUUAUACCAACCGUACAAGAAACUUUGAGCGAAAAAACGUUUACAAUACGAAACCACAUCAGUUUAAUAAACAAAAGCUUGAUUCUAUAUAA